GUUUGUCCAUCUUUAAGCAUGGAUAAUCAACGGUUUUAACUACUUUCAUGUUCACCGGUUGAAUAAAUUAUUUUACCUGAGGUUCUGAUCACAUGCGGCAACCACACGGUGAGGCGAUGAUUAUAACCGUUGGAUGAAUGUCACGGACCGUUAUAUAAAUUCCACCACUCUCGCGUCGUUAAAAUUAAUUAAAAAUCUAUAAAGAAUUAAGGGUUUCUACUUUAAUCGAUUGGAGCACAAUGGCAUUGACGAGAUACCAGAUACGGAACGAGUACGGCUUAGCGGAUAAGGAGCUCUACCAAUCCGCCGAUAAGGAGGAUCCUGAAGCUUUGCUCGAAGCUGCUUCCAUGGCUGGUCUCGUCGGCGUUUUGCGCCAGCUUGGCGACCUCUCUGAGUUUGCUGCUGAGGUAUUCCAUUGCCUGCAUGAGCAACUAAUGACAACUGCAGCACGAGGUCAUGGUUUGGCGAUGCGUCUCCAACACCUCGAAGCAGACUUCCCUUCAGUUGAGAUACCCAUUCUCUCUCAAACCGAUCAUUCUACAUUCUUUUAUGAGCCAGGCUUGGAAUGGCAUUCUGAUCUGCAAACAAAAGAAGACUUGAUUUCCCCACGGAACUUGCCUCGUUGUAUAAUGGAUUCGUACGAGGAAUGCCAUGGUCCGCCGCAGCUUUUCCUUCUCGACAAGUUUGAUGUUGCUGGGUCUGGAUCAUGCUUGAAGCGUUACUCUGAUCCAUCUUUAUUGAAGACACAUACUACAUCAGCAGUAGUAGCAACAUCCAAACUCGGGAAAGAUAAGCGACUACGUCAAUCAAAGAAGAAAGGAUCUCACACAACUAUUAAAGAGACGCCUGAGGAUUCACGGACAUCACAUGCCAAGUUGCAUCAGCUAUUCUUUUUGGAGCAUGUUGAGAACGGACACAGAAAUCCUGAAUUCCAUGUGAAACUGAAGAGAAGACAGCUGAAUGGACCUCCGAUUAACUCAAGCUCUGGGGCAAGUUACAUGGAGAAAUUCCUCAAGAAUUCUUCACCAUACUGUGAAAGAGUUCAUGGGACUAUGGAUCAGUCAUCUCCGGCAAUGGAAACUGAAGUUACAGUAUGCAGUGAACAAGAAGACUUACCAAUACCUUCCUUAGUUUAUUCCAACAGUGGAGGCACUAGAAAAUACAAUGAGAUGGAGAUAGAAUCCAUUGCUGGUCAUGAAAUACUUGAAAUUCCUUUUGUUCCUCACGAGAUUACGGUUAAUGAGAAGUCACCAGUGGUUUGUUUAGAAAGUAGCUCUUCUGUGAAUUUGUGUUGCAAGACGAACAAUGACGCAGAUUCACCUGCUUCCACGGAGUCAGAGGUAAAGGAAGCAGGGAGUGAUGACAAGGCUGGAUGUGACCAUGGAUUUCCAGGAUUUGGUCAGCCGCAGAUCUGUACUAAUGCAGAAGUGAAUCAAACAGAGGUUCUGACUCAGUUUUCUAAUGUUUUGCGCCACUCACCGGAGGAAGGAGAAUCUAGUCUUUUGUGUACUGAUAUCCAGAGAGCUUCUCCUGAAAGUAAACCACAUAAAGCUGAAGAGGCUGCUGUAGAUUUAGACGAGUCAUUUUCCCAGAUGACACCGGACAUAGAUUCCGCAGGCAUGGGGACUCUGGAGAUCUUACAAACACCUUUCAGUUUGUCUUGCUACGAGAGUCCUGCAAAUCUUCCCGAAGAUUCUGGAAGUCACUUGGAGCUUCAGUCCAAUAAAGCAAAUGCUGAAGCUUGUGAGGUCUUUGAAGUCAGAAGGGAUCCCAUGCUUAAUAUUUCCCCUGAAACUCAUCUUUUAAAGGUUACACAAGUGCCACAGGACGCAUAUGAGGGUGGGACCAAUGAUGUUCAUUCUCAACAUGUUUUCAGUGUGGAGACUGCAUCUGAGAUAUCUGUAAGUGCUUUAGUGGAAGACCAGUUCUCUUCCAUAACCAAUCAAGAGAUAGAGGCUCUGGAAUCCGAGGACAUUUCUUCUGAAGCUGGUCAUUUCAUUCCAGAUACCAAAAAGAGUUUAAAUGAAACAUCAGUGGCAUUGGAGUCCGAUUUUCUUCUUCCAAAUCAUUACAUUAGCACAUUUGACAACUUUGAAGAUUUAUCUCUGUCUGCUGAUGCACAGGAUUAUGCUGCCCCAAAAGAAGAUGAAACGAACUCCCAAGACGGAUCUUCCAUGAAUCCUGCACAGUCAAAACACAUUUCAACUUCUGAAAUCAGUUCAGAAAAUGGAACUCUGAUGUCAGAUACUCCAAGAGAUCUUCACACAGGAUACGGGAGCCUCUCAGCCUCAUCUUGUCUGGAAGACGGAUUGGCCAACCCUGAUCUGGCUGAGAUAUCAUCAUAUUCUGGACAGGAGGAUCCACAAACCAUGUCUAUUGUUUCAGAUGAUAGUAGUGACCCUGAGGUACCAAUUCCUGAUGGUACUUGUUUUGCAGGUGAUGUCGAUCACGAUAACCAGACUGGCCUGAAUAAUAAGGCCAUUGAGACCGUGCCCCAGAAAGAAUUGGAAACUAUUAGUGAUCCACAGGAGAGUCUUUUAGGUACAGAAGAAUGUCUUUCAUCUGAGUAUUGCUUACAGAUACAGAACCAAAGGCAAGAAAGUCCAUCAGAAACAGGGUCAGCAAAUUCAAGAACAUCAUCAGACGAGUCUCCUCCUACACAAAAUGGAUCUGUUGGUGUUCAAAGUUCACCUUUAGAUGUUUUUCCUUCAAGCAUAACUGAAAUAGAAGCUCUUCAUGCACCAUACCAGGAAAUUUUCACAUCAUUAAAUGAUCAUAUCUCUGAGUCUGUUCUUUCCAAGGGUCUGACUGAUGAAGAAGAUUUCUUGAACGUAUCCCCUGAGUCCAUACUACCCCUCUCCACGUCCCUCCAUGAAACACCUCAGGCAAAUCCGGAGAUAACACCUCCGCUUCCGCCUCUUCCUCCGACACAAUGGUGGAUGGGGAAGCUGGUUGAAUCAACCGAAAUGCCAUCACUUGCAGGCAGUGGAAACAACAGUUUCAACAUCCAGAGGGAUGAAAACACACAGAAUGGAUCAGUUCAAGCGAACGAGGCACAAUAUCCAUCAGAAGUGUCGGUUACAGAUGGUGAAAACCAUAAUUUUCAUAUUUAUACAGAAGAAUCUAAAGCAACCGAGGAACAGUCUCCUUCAGGAGUCAAUGGGACAAGCGACACCUAUAUGGAAAGUAAACACAAGUGUUUAAAUAGAACUCCGGAGGAUUCAUUUUCUUUGGCAGAAUCGGCCCAAGGCUUAGAAGCUGACUGGAGGACUGAAGCAAUGGCACUUGAAUGGUUUAGUCAGAACUUAAGAGAGCAUAACAAUCCCCACCCUGCAAAGUUAGAAGAGGAAGAGCCUCAGGUUGAUCACCCACUAGAAAAACCUGGACAAACCAAAUUUCGACAAACCUUGCGAGACAAUAACUCAUAUAAUCAGAAUCAGAAAGCUGGAAAGCUUAAAAGAGACGAGGAUACGCUUGUUAUUGGCAUUGACAGAAGCAUGUUGAGGAAAGUAUCUGAAGGGAACAGGACACACGUUGGAGCUCGAGUGGACGAGAAUGAUUCACUACUAGAGAUCAUACGGAGCAAGUCGUUCAACCUGAGACCAGCAGAUGCCUCAGGGAGACCAAACUUUCAAGUAGCUGUUCCCAAAACCAACUUGAAGGUGGCUGCAAUUCUAGAGAAAGCCAACACUCUUCGCCAGGCAAUGGCGGGAAGUGACGACGAGCACGAUUCAGAUAGCUGGAGCGAGUGAGUCGUUGAAUCAAAUCUGCAGGUAACAAACAUAUAGAUCACACUCUGUAUAGAAGAAUUCUCACAUUGUAUGUAUUCUCACAAGUAAUGUUUUUAUUGCUGUAUUUUUGACACAUUGUAAGUCACUCUGUUUUUUUCCCCUUUAUAUGUACACCCAAUUUUACCCUCUUUUAAAGGGAAUCAAUCCA